AUGGUGGCGAAAGUUGUACCAGAAGGUCAAUCAACAUUCGAGGCGAUAACGCUUAAUCGACAGUGUUGGGCUGCACUGGAUGAAAUCCUUGUUGAGCGAGGAAAUCGUCCCGUACUGGGUCUCGAUUAUCUAAGAGACCAUGAAUUGGAAGAGCAAGUCGUUGAGCGAGUCCGACAAAGAAAAAAGCAACAGAAGAAGGUGAAUUGCCUUCGGUGA